AUGGACCGUACCACAGAAGUUAAAGCAGAUGUGUUUGAGUCAGCCAACAGUAGAAUUAGGUACAGUCGCCUCCUUACAGGGAUCGUGAAGACCCUCAAUGAGAUGGAGGAAGUAAGGAGGACCCUGCUCCAGAGGCUCAUACAUAUCAACAUGUGUCAGUCUCCCUCUGAACUGCCUCCCAGUAAAUCUCUUCCGUCACUGGAUCCAAACACAAAGUUCAAUCCGUCAGUGGACCAAUCAGAGGAUGAGAACUAUCACCUGCUAAUAGAAAGACUCAGUAAAAACCAAAAGGAGCUGGAGGAGAUAAUGAGGACCCAGCUCCAAAGGCUCAGAUAUAACAGAACAGGUACAUUUAGUCCCUCACUGGAUCUCACACCUUUUUAUCAGUCAGUGGACCAAACAGAGGUCAAUCCACCUACCUGGCCACUGUCAGCUUCAGACAGGCUACAUGCACCACUAGACACCACCUAUGAUGAGUCUCAACCCACAAUGGAACCAAACAUGGUGUUUGAUCUGUCUGCAGUCAAAGAUGUUUUGAUGUCUCAGCGGUUCACCUCAACACUUUCACUGGCCCCAUCCUGCUUUAAACCUGAAGUGUUACAUGAACCUGGACACAUUUCAUACAGGUUCACGUGUCCUGGUCCAGGUGUGUUCCAGUGUAUGCUGACGAAGCUGAUAUUUACUAUGGAUCGGGAGGGGGAGUUGUUAUACAGGACUGUCCAGUGGGAUGAAAACCUUCUUCAGUCAGCUGGAAAGAGACCUGCAGGUCCGCUGUUUGACAUCAAGUGUUCAGAGGACGUUGUCUCUAAGCUUCACUUCCCACACUGUGGAAAAAAUCCUGCAUCGCUCUCAGACGUCCUGUCUGUUGUUCACAUCAGUGAUGAUGGAAUGAGCCUCCUUGAACCUCUGGAGAUUACAGACACUCACGUGGUUGUGGAUGUCUCUCACCUCUCACCCUGGGGUUUGGUAUGGGAUAUCAUUAAAAGAUUUUUCAACCCAGAUCCAAUAACAGUGAGUGGCCAAGUUCUGCUGUUUCAUCGACCAACGUACAUGAGGCAACACCCAAAACUCAACGUGUUUCUACUGCCAGAGAAUGUGCCGGUGCAGGAGGUGAAAGGACAACAGGAAAAAGCUGAGUAUAUUGACGUCCCUUCCUCCUGUGACCUCGCUGAUGGCCAAACCUACAGUCUGCACAGUUCUGAGGACCAUGAAGUACAGCCUGAGUGUGCACGAUUUAAGUGUAACUAUGGACCAAAUUACCACCCAACUUUUGAUAUUCAACUGACUCCGAGCAAAGAUGAAGUGACCAUGACAGUCCAAGACCAAGAGAAGAGACGGGUCUGGAAGUAUCACAUUAAACUGUCUGUCCUGGCAACCCAGCCCUCAGCCAGUCAACCAGCCAGGCUCCCAGUCACAGCUGAAGAAGAAGGUUCUGACCCAAGGACGGGGGAUCUGCAAAGUACUCAAAGUCUUCCAGGGGAUGAAAAGACAAAACUGCUGUCUGUUCGGAAAAAGUUUAUUGAGAGAGUGUCCGAUCCUAAUCUGAAAACCCUGAUGGAUGCACUUCUACAACACAAGGUUAUCAACAGCGGGGAAAUUGAUUCAAUCAAAGGAUUGUCCAGGGCAGACAAAGCACGAGAGCUGAUUGACAUGGUGCGAGGGAAGGGUGAUCAGGGUUGUAAAAUUCUGUUGGAUACCUUCUGUGAGGUAGAUCCAUUUGUUUAUUCAACACUACAGUUUCCAUGAAGCAAAAGGGAACUGUGGUGAAAUCAGUGGCUUGUGAAUAUAUCUUCAGAGGCUUUG